AUGGACAAUAUUGCACAUCCUCCUUAGAAGCAGACAUCAAAUUAGUUUGAUUCGACAACUCAAGAGAGGUAGCAUAAAGCAAGAAUAAAUAAUAACAGCAAUCUCAUACUUGCCUAAUAAGAAGUGUUUAAGAAUAUAUCCUCAAUCGAUAGACUUAUAGCAUACUCAAUGAAUCAAAAUUGCUAGUCAAUUGCGAGAACUCAGCAUUAGCAGAUCCUGUCACUCUUAAAUCAGUUUAAGUAGCCAAAUAUUGAUGAAGAACAUUACCUAGGCAAAAAGAAAUUCCUUAAAAUCGUGAAGAGCAGAUUAGAAGAAUAGAAACUGGUGAAUUAAGAUGAAGAAAUGUAAAUUGAGCAGGAAGAACAAGAAGAAGAGGAAUAGUACUAUGAUGAGGAAGCUGAAGAGGAGUAAGAUGAAGAACAUAAAAGCUAAGACAAUCCAGAAUAUAAUGAGUUGAUGUAAUUAGAUGCCAGAAUAAACACAGCUGACCUUGACGAGGGAGAUAUUGUAAUUAGAAAUGAUUCUGAUAGUGAUGAGCAGCAUCAAUUAUUAAGUCUUAGUGAUAAAGAAGAUGAAGAACUCUGA